AUGAUUGCCCAGCGCGCUGGAACGACGGUGCUGCGCCGUGUGGCCGGCAAGCCGAAUACCUUCUUCUCAGCCAAUGUCGCCAAGUUCGGGCUGGCCCAGCCGCUGUCUACCACCCAGUUAAGGCCCGUGGCGACCCAGAAGAUCACUGCUGAUGAGGCCGCCGCUCUCCUCGCCAAGCAGCGCCUGAACCGCCCCGUCUCCCCGCACCUGGCCAUCUAUGACAAGCAGCAGACCUGGUUUGGCAGCUCGGCCUGGACGCGUAUCACCGGCGCCAGCCUGAGCGGCACUCUAUACCUCUUCGCGACGGCGUAUCUGGCGGCACCAAUGCUGGGGUGGCAUCUGGAGAGCGCUUCGAUCGCCGCUGCGUUCGGCGCCCUGCCCGUCGCUGUCAAGGGCGGCAUCAAGUUUCUUGCCGCCUGGCCCUUCGCCUUCCAUACCUUUAACGGCGUUAAGCACCUCCUCUACGACAUGACCAUUGGCUUCCACAGGAAGCAGAUUGUUAAGCAGAGCUGGUACCUGUGGGGUGCGUCGCUCGUGACGGGGAUGUUCCUCGCCUUCUUCCUCUAA